UAUUAUACACGACUAUAAUUCCUUUCUCGUGUGGUGUUAAGCGCGUGAGGUGCUAUUUAAUUUCGUUCAACGAAAUCUAGAUACAUCGCUUUAAUAAUUAAUAUAAUUAUUGAAUAAACAGCCAAAAUGCCACCAAAAUUUGAUCCUACUGAAGUAAAGAAAGUAUUCUUGAGAUGUGUAGGAGGAGAAGUUGGUGCCACAUCUUCACUUGCUCCCAAAAUUGGUCCACUUGGUUUGUCUCCCAAAAAAGUUGGUGACGACAUUGCCAAAGCGACCAGUGACUGGAAGGGAUUAAAAAUUACCGUUCAAUUGACAAUCCAAAAUCGUCAAGCAACUAUUUCAGUUGUUCCAUCUGCUGCUUCGCUAGUCAUCAAAGCCCUCAAAGAACCACCGCGAGACAGAAAGAAGCAAAAGAACAUCAAGCACAGUGGAAAUUUAUCUCUUGAUGAUAUCAUCGCAAUUGCUCGUACAAUGAAGCCACGUUCUAUGUCCCGUAACUUAAGUGGGACCAUCAAAGAAAUUUUGGGAACUUGCCAAUCUGUAGGAUGUACUGUGGAAGGAAGACCACCCCACGAUCUUAUCGACGAUAUUAAUGCAGGAGAACUCGAAGUUCCAGAAGAAUGAAUUAAAUACUGAUUAUUUUAUGAUUCUGGGAGUUUUGGAAAAUAAACAUUUGAAAAGUUAAA